UUUCAACAUGAUCCAUGCUUUCCUCCAGAUUCUCAUCUCGUCGGAACAAUUUGCUCGUCCGCACGCACCUCACCUCACCUUACCAAUACCUCUCGAUCUCUUGUCCUGGUCUUGGUCCUCUCUGGCUUUUGAACACCUUCUGAUACACUUUCAUUGCUUCAUAUUCUCCUCAGUGUUUUGUCCUUAAUCACAGCCAUCAAUUACUACUCCUAUCGUCCCAUCGGGCCAUUCUUCUCUCUUCGAGUUGCCUUGACAGCAUCCAUUCCACUGUCCACGUCGCUCCCUCUAUCCUCCGCCAUACAUAUUCACUACCAUUCACUUGUCGCCCGCUUCCACCUUCCUCUUGAUAGCCUGCUCCUCCAGCGAUCCCCCGGCCAAACCAUGAGCUGAUUGGUCUACCUCUCCUACCACCUGUCUACUCGACCUGCUUGCCCACUACCUCUUCCAGCGGAACCUAACGAUAACCCACCCUACCACCGUCAUGGACCAUCGGGGCAGUCUAGACACCAUGGGCUUCGACAUGUCCCAGUACAUCUCACAACAGCCCCCACAGAUAUUUGGUGCCUACAACGCUGAUGGAAGUCCGAUACCCGCCACAUUGCCUGCCGGUCACUACUUUGGAGAUCUCGAUGGUGGUUUCGAUGAUUCAGAUCCAAAGCGACGUCGUAUCGCAAGGGCGUGCGAUAUGUGUCGCAAGAAAAAGAUCAAAUGCGACGGCAAAAUGCCCAAAUGUGGCCAUUGUAUCAAUUACAAGACCGAGUGUAUCUUCACUCAAGUUGAGAAGAAGCGCAAUCCUCCCAAAGGCGCAAAAUAUAUCGAAGGGUUAGAGAAUCGCCUGGGUCGCAUGGAAUCCUUAUUGCGCAUGUCAGGUCUCCUCACCGAAGAAGAGGCUGGAAGGACAGAUCUUGGUACUCUCGAGAAACGACUGGCCGAAAAGGCUUCGUCCAGAGAGAAUGCUACUGCCAGAACAUCAUCUCCCGCCCCGUCAAGGAUAGGCGUCAAUUCACAAUCAGAAAGCUCCCCCAGACCAAGCUCUCAGACAGACACCAAUACUACCCCUCGUGAUACUGUCACAUCCCCAAGUUCCGACAGCGACAAACUAAAAUCAUCCGAAGUCGAGAACCUGUCCGAAGCCAUGUGCUCUCUUGUCACCAACAAUAUUGGCGAAACGAGAUAUAUUGGCUCCUCCUCGGCAUUUUCCAUUUUCUCCUCCAAAGGCAUCGAAUGGGUCAAUCAGAAGACUGGAGAUGCCUCUUUCCAAGAAACCAUCCAAAACGCCGUCAACGAAGAAGACAACAAAUGGCAAUAUUGGAAACCAGAAAUCUUUGGCGACAUUUUUGUGCGUCGAGUUUUCAAACCACUCCCUCCCAAGGAUGAGGCCAUGUCCCUCUUCAAGGACUUCUUCGAAAAUUUCAACUGCAUGUUUCCCUUGUUCCACGAGCCCACAUUUAUGCAUCUGGUCGAGAAGCAGUAUUCCAAGGAUCCAUACGAAGGUAGUGGUUGGUGGGCUAGCAUCAAUGUCGCCUUGGCCAUUGCCUAUCGUAUCCGAGUCAUGAGCAACGUCGUACCACAGGAAGAUGAUCAGAAAGCCUGGUUGUAUUUGAAAAACGCCAUGGGUGUCAUUACCGAACUCACUAUGAGGAACACAGAUCUUCUCAGCGUCCAGGCAUUGUUAGGCAUGGCUUUGUUUUUGCAAGGUACUCCGAACCCGCAACCAUCCUUCUUCCUCAUCGCCGCUGCCAUUCGAUGUUCUCAUACUAUUGGCCUCCAUAAACGUGGAGCAGCUUUCAAUCUCAACCCGAUCGAGGUGGAACAACGCAAGAGAGUGUUUUGGAUCGCAUAUCUCCUCGACAAAGACACUUGUCUCCGAGCAGGUCGACCUCCUGCCCAGGACGAUGACGAUAUGAAUGUUGAACUCCCUUCCGAGGACCCUCCUGACAAUAUUGGCAAUGUCCCCCUCGCCGAUGGCAAAGGCAAGAUCAACCUCUUCCGCCUCAUGUGCGAAUUCGCCAUCAUUUCUAGCAAAGUUUAUCGUCAACUAUAUUCCGUCCAGGCCUCAAAGCAGAGCGAUGGCGAGUUGCUCAAUACGAUCGGCGAACUUGACAAGGAACUCGAAGCCUGGAAAGACAGCAUCCCUAUCGACUUCCGCCCUGAACAUGAAAUCAAGACUGAACACACUCCUCUUAUCCUUCACAUUGUCGUCCUGCAUUUCUCAUACUACAACUGUUUAACAACCAUCCAUCGCAUGUCAGUCCACCAUGGCUACUGGACCAGCCGCUUAUCCGAAUAUGCUAUUCAAGGGCUCAAUACCCGCCCACUGAACCCUCGAGUCUUUUCCUCCGCCGCACUUUGCGUUUCUGCAGCUCGUGCUUCAAUCCACCUCAUCAAAUACAUACCACAAGGUGACUUCGCAUGUGUCUGGCUUGUGCUAUACUUCCCCGUGUCUGCACUGGUGACGUUAUUUGCCAACAUUCUACAAAAUCCUCAGGACACUCGAGCCCGAGCUGAUAUCAAAUUGAUGGACUUGGUGGUCACUUUCCUAACCAACAUCUCGCGAGAAGAGGACACAGGCUCACUCAAUCGCAUGUUGACCGUUUGCGGAGAGUUUGCCCGUAUUGCAAGAGUGGUCAUUGACAAGGCUGAAACAGAAGGCUCCAAGCGAAAACGAAGGCUCGUCCCCGAGGAAGUUCUUCGGGUCAAUCAGUCUGCCAUGGCCCAGGUCCAAGCACAGCUCAACGGCAAUCUGGCACGGUCAAGACGAACGAGUGGUGCUGGGAACUCGCCGCGCACUGGAUCGAAUGCCGCCGCACAAAAUCGGGGAAACACACCAAUGAGCAAUAAUAUCAAUACCAGCGGAAUGAACUCAGCUUCUCAAUAUGUCAACAUGAAUAAUUUUGACAGCGAAUACCUCGAUAUGCUUCCCCAGGCAACCCUUGGCUCUGGUGCGAAUUCUGCCGUCUCAGAAAUGUCGCCUCUCAAUGUAGGCUCAUUUCAACAACCGUUUGUCCCUCAGGAUCUGUGGCAGAUGCCUAUGACCUUUGAAUGGGAUUGGGCCGACUUUGGCCAGCAAGGCUUCAAUGAUUUCAUUAUCGGAGACAACAUGAACGAAGCCAUGAUGCCACAGCAAUGAAAUCAAUAGAAUGGAAUCAAUUUGAUUCUGACGAAUGUCCAUUUCGAUUGUUAACAGCCAGUUGAUCAUUAUUUGGAGCAGAGUUGAACAUGUUGAUCAUGCCGGCAACACUUGGAGCUCUGAAUGUACAAUACAAUAUACCCUUGAUUCUCCCAGAAACAUGAAAACUACUUUCAAU